AUGGCUAAAGAAGAUACCGAACAGAAUCGCUAUGGCUAUCAAGAAACACUUGUGAGUAUACAGUUUUCCUGUGAUAAAUUUUGCAAAACAAGGGACGGUAUUGACAGUCAAUAAGUGGUGUACAUCUUUGCGAUAGUAUAAACUUCUAGUAUAUUUUAUAUUUCUCUAAAUCAUUACAUAAUUUACCAAUUCGUAAUAAGAUCACUCAGUCUUUUAUUAGCAAUUUAUACAUUGCUUCAUAGUUCGUAACUUAGUGAAUAAUAUCAGCAUUCUUUAAGGUGUUUAUUUACACAUUAAAGUUGUUUAUUUUCAUUUAUGACUAUUUAAAUACAAACAAAAGCAAACACAUAAUCAAGAAUUAAAGAUGCAGUAGAAUCCGUUCUGCGCAUGCAUACAUUGGAGCCUCCAGUUUGUGAUACAAACGACUAAGGUUCUAAAUGCUUCAGUUCUUGCGAAACCUGCUCACGCUACACUGAUCAUAUAUUUCAUUAAGGGAAGCAGGAAAAUGUUAAUAAAUAUAGGUUAUCAUAUGAGGGCUGAGGUGAUAUCAUAAAUGUUGCGAGUGAGCACAACAACAUCAUAAAUGUCAUGACUAAGUGCAUUGAACAAGGUCCAUUUAUGAUAUAUUGUCCUGAAAGUGAUAAAACUGAUGUGAUAACGAUAACCUGUUUAUUAAUAUACAGGGUGUAUAAAAAAAACUGAACAGAUUUGAAAUUGCUCUCAAUUUUGUAAAACAACUAUUAGUAUCCAGUUUUUGAUGUAUAUAGCUUCUUUGGGUACUUAUAAUGUAAAAUAAUGAAAAAAAUUUCAGACAAUUUGCUUUAGUUUAAGCCCUUUAACUAUUCAAACUUACAUUUUUUGCCUAAGUUGCAUAUAAGGCAUUAAUUAAGAAUGCGAAAGGCUGAUUUUUUAGGAAAAAAUGAAUAGUUAAAGGCUUAAACUAAAGCAAAUUGUCUGAAAUUUUGUACAGUAAUUAAAAACCCAACAUAUUUUCCAUCUAUUAACUAAAACUAGCAUUUAUAGAAAUUAGGAUAUAAUUUCUCGCUGAAUCGAAUGGUGGUAUUUUCAUCUACAUAGCAUGUACUGAACCGAAGAUAUGAAUAUGCAAAAUAGUAUUCCAAUAUCGAUCUACUUUUCACAGGGCCUGUCACCCAGGAGUUAAAGCUUUUAAAUUUUGCGUGCAAGCGAUUUUUAGUUUGUUGGAAAAGACACCCGCCUGGCUCACCAAAUUUGAGUUUCGAGAAAUUUUUUUCAUUAUUCUACAUUAUAAGUACCCAAAGAAGCUAUAUACAUAAAAAACAUGAUACUAAUAGCUGUUUUGCAAAAUUGAGAGCAAAUUCAUAUCUGUUCAGUUUUUUUAUACACCCUGUAUUAUACUUGUACUUAGGGUCAGAAUUUAUUAGGUCAAUAUAACAGGACCAAAAGUGAUAUCAGUGGCAAAAAAACAAUAUCAGUAACAUAUUGUUUUUAUGUCACCCUGUUAUUGCCCUGAUAAAGACACAAACUGUACGUGAUGAAGUUUGUUAUUUGGAUAUGAAGAUUUUUGCCUCCGCCCCCAAAAAGUGUUGUGUUUUUUGGUCAAACAUUCAGUCCUAACAUUGUGAAAUUGAAUUUGAAAAUGGCAACAUCUGAUUGGUCUGUGGGAUAUUGUUCUGAAAUUAGUUAUUAAAAUAGUUUGGCAGUUAAGAAAUAAUUGACUUAGGAAUGUAGUUGCAUUCUUGGACAUUUGACAUGAAAAUUUGACGCAUUUUUUUUGGCAAGAGUCAGCAUCCUCGGUAAUAAAGAGAAUUAUGAGCUAGGAAUUUAGAUAGUUGAAACUUUGUAAUGACAUAAUUUUCUGCAUGGCACAUUUGCUAUGGCAACUACUUGAAAUUCUUUCCAUACCAGUACUGGUGUGUUAUUUAUAGUAAGGAAAAGUGAAUAUUUUUAACAAGAUAUUGAGUAAUUUGAAUCUGAUUUCUAUUUGUCAGCUAACUACAUGCAUUCUGUGCUCAUGACAAGAAGCCAACUCAUAGUGUCAACUGUGCCAUGUUCUGCUUUGGGAUAAAAUUGCAGUUACUGUAAAUCAUUACAUAUACAUGUAACAUUUCAAUCAUAUUUGAAUAUGCAAAACAUUGCUUGAAGAACAAUUACUUUGCAUAUGGUUGACUCACUUUAAAGUGCACCUUUCUUUAUUUUGCUUGACACAGAAGCCAAAUUACCGUAGGCCAGUGCUAUAUGUGAAGCCCCAAUGGACUAUUGCCAAAACAGCGAAUCGUUCCUCUCGCUAAGAAAAGUACAAUAUGUUUUCACAUCAAAACAUUCAGGAAUGUGACGACAUUCCUAAAAUUGUGAAAUUGACACAUUUUUUCAGGAAACAGUGGUUUUGGUAAUAUUGAUCAAUUCAAUACUUUGACAUGCAUAUUUUAAUUUUUCUAGUUUCACCCACAUGUUAUGAUUCAGCUGCAAUUUUAGACUCAUGCACUAGAAGUGUAGCAAUGGGGCGGGGGGAUUGGGUGGCCAACCCCAACCCCCAUUUCAAAAUUGAGGAGAAACGUGUGGGGGCAGUGUAACUUCUUAAUGUUUUCAUUAAAAAAUCCCAAAUCUGUGACUUUCAUAAAACAUGUCUAAAAUGCAUGAAAUAAUGUUUCACAGAUCCUAAAAAUAGAUUUUUUUCCAGGGUAACAUGCUUCCGGAUGGUAAGACGAUUAGAUUUAGACACCAGGGCUGCAAAUUACUGUCGGACAUCAGACAAUGUCCGACUAAAUUUGGCAAAUGUCCGAGCAAAAGUAAUUUUGAUCGGACAUUGGUCAGAUCACAAAAAAAAUUGUCACAUUAUACAUUUUUUUGCUGUGACAAAAUCCGAUUGCAAAAUUCAAAAUUCACUCAAUUUGCAUUUUGCAAUAAAAUUUACGAGGCAUUCUAGCAUUUUACUUACGUUGCGCCGGAAUGGCUAUACAUACUUGUCUUGUGACUUAUAUAUAUAUCUUGUGACGUAUAUUUGUCCGACCAAAUUUAGUGGUGUUGGUUUUUGUCCGACCAAAUUCAAGUUAUGUCCGACCAAAAUUAAAAGUGAUCGGACAAAUGUCCUGUCAAGUCACAUAUUUAUUUGUAGCCCUGAGACACCCUCACUUGUUUGCCUAUGAUACAGACCAUGUCACUUGGAUGUACAGUCAAUAUAUACAAUGUAAUGAAUGAUUGGCAUAUAUAUCCCCAACAAUGGGUUUAUCUGUUUAUAGUGAACAAUAUGCCACUAUUUAUGCACCAUAACUAACACUUUACAUAUACACCUAAUGUGCCUAUUUUUUUGUAGAUGUAUGGCUGUCAUACAACUCAAGAAUUACAGGAUUAUGCCAAAAAUUUUGCGGCUGAAUUACGAAGUCAAAGUUCUUGUGAAGAGCAAGUGACUGAACCAAGUGAAGAUCACUUUCAAACAUACAGCCCGUCAAGAUGGGGCAAGAUGCGAAGUCAGUGACAUAUCCUGUCAUGUCUUUAUGUAUAACGUCAUAUUCUAAAAACUUUGUUCUUUUUCUAGGACAACUCAAAAGAAUUUCAAAGCCAGUUCAAGAAAAAUUUGACAGCGAUUGGUUAUUUUUGUUGAUUUUGGGCAUAAUAGUUGCUCUCAUUAGUUUUGGUUUGGAUUUCUCCAUUGAUAAAUGUCAACAAGGUAUUUAAUCUAGCGUUGUUCUGUUACCAGCCACUGAGUUUCAUUUCUAAACAGUAUUCUAAGCAGAUAGUGUUCCACAUGCAAUAUGCUUCAUUUCAAUAUUUUCUUUUCAUUUUCUUCCAGCUCAUUUGUGGUUGUAUUCUCACGCUACAGACAAUAUUUUUGCUCAAUAUUUGAUCUGGGUUCUCUUCCCAGUUUCUUUAAUAUUUUUCUCUGUUGGCUUCACACAUCUCGUAUCACCUCAUGCUAUUGGUAGGUACAUCGCUGUUCAAUCUCAGUUUAAUCUAGAUAUAUAGCUGGUCCUCAUUCAAGCAGAGAAGGGAGUCUGCAGACCAACUGGCUUUUGUGACUCAUCAUAUAACAUAAUAUUUAAUAUAGGUUCUGGUAUACCUGAAAUGAAGACUAUUUUACGUGGUACAAUUCUUAAACGUUAUCUUUCAAUACCAACGUUGAUUGCCAAAGUGGUGCGUACAUUAUUACUUUGCUUGUUUUCGACCCUCUCUGACGAUCUCUCUUGAGGGACUCAGGUCAAGAUGAUUUAUUUUGUCAAAGAUAAUGAGAAGAAAGUAAAUCAUUAUUCGCUAAUAAUGACAUGCAAUAGCAAACGAAACCUGAAGCCUUAAAAAAACUGCAGGAUUUUGUUUCAGAUGCCCAAUCUCCUUCACGCUCAUGAUUUCUUUUGUGUUUUCUUUAUGAAUUAUUAAUGAGAAUUACAAGCACAAUUGAAAUUGAUAGGCGACAGAGAAUUGACUUAUAUAUGUUCAGCAGGAUACAGUUUUGAAUGUAUAGUACAUGUUGUUUUUCAGGUUGGUUUGACUGCUUCUCUUGGCAGUGGAAUCCCAAUAGGAAAAGAGGUGAGAUUAGUGAUUGAAAACAUUGUUGAGAUUGUUGGUUCAAUUGUUCCUGCGGACUCACAACACUUUAUGUGAAAAGAGUCAGUCAACGCUCUACUCAAGUUGUGGGAAUAUCCACAGGGCGGGUUGGCAAAUAUCAAAAACUAAUUCUUCUGUCGUGGCUACGCUUCUUGAUCGGGCAUGAGUUAUGAGUGGCAGUUAUCACUCGAUCACGUUGACCUGCGUAAUUCAACUCCGCUUUCAUCUGCAAGUAAGGAUUAUGACACCCCCCCCCCCGACACACACACACUUAGUUCAUAGAGUAAUACUCUUGUUAUUAUUUUAGGGUCCUUUUGUUCAUAUUGCUUGUAUUGUUGCCAGAGCACUGGGGAAGUUUGUCACUUCGUUUCAAGGAAUAUUUAUGGUAACAGAAUAUUUUAAAACAUGAUGCAUGAUGAAUGAUUAAUACAUGUGACGCCUGGGCCUAGGCUUGACUGUAUGAUGUAGUUGACUUAUUAGAGAGGUUCAGAUUUGAAUUCCACUACAGUGCCUCACACUCGUUUAAUUGGACGAACUUCUUUACAUAUCUUUUGUAGAAUGAAUCUCGUAACACAGAGAUUCUUGCAGCAGCUUGUGCUCUGGGUGUGUCAAGUUGCUUUGCGUCACCUAUUGGAGGUAUUACAUAAAGUGUCCUAAAGGCAUUAAGCAAUAUAGUUACAAAAGUUUAUUUUUGUCAUUUACGUUAGGAAAUCUUAGAAGACUAGGUUGUGACAUUUUUUUGCAUGAUCAUUUUUUUGCUCAUUGUUUUGAAUGUAUGAUAAAAACAAUUAUUAAACUGACUGUACAUGAUAUCAAGAAAUAUCCAGAUCUCUUUCAAAGUUCUCUGCAUUGAUCGUCAGCACAAAACAUGUUCAGAAAGCUGCGAAUUGAUAGGGAUACAAAAGUACCUGAAAAAUACAAGGAGAACUUCAAGCUUUCGCGCGUAAGACCCUUCGUAAUGUUCAGCCUUUUCCAAUAAUUGUUUAAUACAUUUGUAGGAGUAUUGUUCAGUAUUGAAGUAACAAGUACAUAUUUUGCUGUGAGAAACUACUGGCGUGGAUUCUUCGCUGCAGUUUGUGGUGCUUUUAUGUUCAGUCUUCUGUCAGUCUGGGACAAUGAUGAAGGUGACUAUAGCAAGAUUGUGGGCAGUUGAUUUAAGUCCUGAUCAAACGAGUUUUAUGAGAGCUCUUACUCGCAUUGCCAACUCUCAUCAACUCUCAUGCUCUUUCCUCGACUCUUAUCAAUUUUGAUCUGCUUCAAAUUUAGAUGACAGUUGACUAGAGUUAUUGCUGGUACACGCGAUAAUGUCCAGUCAACUCUCAUGCAACUCUUCUUCUCGUUUGAUGAAUAAGAGUUGAUGAAAUUUUCGUGCAAACUCUGGCAUGCUCACUCUCAUGAAUAUAAUCUUGGUCCAUGCCAGAGAUGCAACUACCUGAAAAAUAAAAGGAGAACUUGGACGUUUCAAGCGACGCCUCUGUGGAUACCAACCUCUUGACGAGGGGCCUUCGCUCGAAACUCUCAUGAACUCUCAUCCGCCUUUAAUCUGGGUUUUAAUACUUAAAGAGUUCAUUUGGUGCAACCCCAGAAAUAGACAGUUUCGUGAUCUAUUUGUUCAUUGGCUAUAUCAAGCGAAUGGGCGUGCUGUGGGUGCCAGAUUGCGUUAUUAUAGUGAAACUGUUCAUAUUAACUUGUCUUUCAGAAACAAUUACUGCACUCUUUAAAACCAACUUCAGGAUAGAUUUUCCUUUCGACACUGAAGAGUUCAUUGCAUUUUCACUCAUUGGGUAAGAUAAAAUGUAUUACACUGUAGUCUGUGAUAAUUUUACAAUAGGUACAGUGUAGGUUUCACUUAAUACUAUUGUAGUGACGAUGAUAGCUGGAGAAGUUUUGGUAUGUCUAAUAUUUGGGUCAUUCUAAUUAUUCUAAAACGAAAGAUAUAUCUUUAUAGUAAAAAAUCUCAUCUUGAUCAACUUUUUCUCACGGUAGUCAUUGUUGAUCAACUCAUCUUGAUUAACUUUUUCACAGUCAUUGUUGAUCAACUUAUCGUGAUCAACUUCUUCACAGUGAAUAGAAAAUGGAAGGGUCUCCUAGCAAAUAGUCUUCUCUCUUUUUUAAACCAGGGUUAUUUGCGGGUUUGGUGGAGCUCUGUUUGUGUAUACGCACAGAACAAUUGUGGAUUUAAGACGGCAUCAUCGUGAUAACAUGAUAUCUCGCUUUCUUGAGAAGAGGUAUGAUCAAGUUUAUGUCAUCCCUAAGGAAUGACAUAUAUGGACCAUUUGCAUUAUAGACUAAUUUUGAUCUAAACAAGUCUAGACAAAGUUCAUCACAGCUUGAAAGAGCAUCACAAAAUUAGUAAUAUUCCAAAGUUUCGUUGCGAAAUGUUGUAAAGUGCGGAUAAUAUAGCCUUGCGAAGUUUGCCGUUUUUCAGUCAUUUUGCAUUACGCGGGGGGAAAUUGACAGCCCAAUACCCUUUGGGGCUGGCAAUUUUCCGUUUGUAAUACAAAAUGACUGAAAAACGGCAAACUUCCCAAGGCUAUUCAUUCACGAAUGAAUUUUAUUUCGUUCAGUCGAUUCUUGUAUCCGGUCAUCGUCACUCUACUGGUAUCAACAAUUAUGUUUCCAAAAGGUCCUGGAAUGCUCGUGGCUGGUGAGGUAAGCUACCACUGAUCUUUGAAAUAUUCUGGACAGCACAACUCAUUCAACAAACAUAACCCGACAGUAACUUCAAGCCCCGAUAUUUACCACUAAAAAUCAUUACGGACAUCUCCAAAUAACCGAUUCCAUUCUAAGAACAAACUGAAAAUAUGGAAGUAAAAACUACCGAAGUAAAGACUUGCCACAAGUCGACUUCUUUUGUAAUUCACAGUGAAAAGGGGAGAAAAGAACGGGAGGGGUCCGAGGGGAACUGAGAAAAUCUAAAACUACCUCUAUAUAUCGGACAGUUCGUAUAAAAAUCUGUGCAUAAAGAACAAACUACAUACUAAUCCUUGGACUGGAAUAGAAACUAGUGAACCGAAUUAUCACAUUAUAAUUACUGGUCACCUGUAGCUGACGCAGAAGCAAGCAAUUGAAGAAUUAUUCUCGAAUACCACAUGGUCUCUUGCUGAGAGUGAAGAUUCAGAUGUUCCUAAAGCUACAUUGAAACAUUGGAACGGGGCAUUCGGCAAUAUUUAUGUCACUUUGGUCUUGUUUGUUGUCAUCAAGGUAAUGUUUUGGUGCAAUCAAUGUUGCUUUCUGUAAAAGGAGGUGAACGGAAAGGAGAUGAGGGCGGAGAAAGAGUGGAGAGAGAGGGGGGAGGGAGGGGGUAAACCGAAAUUAAGGAAGGAAGAAAGGAAGCAGAAAGAAAAACUUAAAUGUUUGUACGUUUUAUGAAUUUUAGUUCAUCAUGACUGCCAUUGCCAUAACAUUGCCAGUUCCUGCAGGAAUCUUCUUCCCUGUUUUUGUCGUUGGUAAGUAACCAGCUUGGUUUAGUCUCCUGACACGCAGGCUAGGUUUAGUCUGGUAGUACAGUACAUGUCGCCAGUGAGGUAUGAUACCCAAAAUGUCUAGUAGUACAUGUGACCAGUGAGGUGUGAUACGCAAAAUGUCUGGUAGUACAUGUCACCAGUGAGGUAUGAUACCCAAAAUGUCUGGUAGUACAUGUGACCAGUGAGGUAUGAUAAAUGUCUAGUAGUACAUGUGACCAGUGAGGUAUGAUACGCAAAAUGUCUAGUAGUACAUGUCACCAGUGAGGUAUGAUACCCAAAAUGUCUGGUAGUACAUGUCACCAGUGAGGUAUGAUAAAUGUCUAAUAGUACAUGUGACCAGUGAGGUAUGAUACGCAAAAUGUCUAGUGGUACAUGUCACCAGUGAGGUAUGAUACCCAAAAUGUCUGGUAGUACAUGUCACCAGUGAGGUAUGAUAAAUGUCUAGUAGUACAUGUCACCACUGAGGUAUGGUACCCAAAAUCCCGAUAUUCAUACAAUAUUUAAGCACAUAAAUCAAAUGUUAAAAUGUUUGUUCAUGUUUAGGUGCUGCAUUUGGUCGUCUUGUUGGGGAAGCUAUGGCUACAUGGUUUCCUGAUGGUAUCCAUGACAACGGGCCUGAUGACGUUGUUAGUAAGAUAUUACCGGGAGGAUAUGCUGUUGUAGGUAAAUAAACACUAAAUGAAAAAACAACGUAAGCUGUCGUGGUUUGAGUAUGAACUAUCUGAAAAAGAGAAGAAAACGUCGAUAUUUUACACGAUGACCUUCUUCGCUUGAAAGAUUGAAAUUUUAACCAAAACCUUGACAAUGUUCAGAAAAGGUGACUGUAUAUUACACUUGGUUGAAAUAUUCCAACCGUCCUGUUUCCUUCGUUUUGUUGUAGGUGCCGCAGCGAUGUCUGGUGCUGUCACUCACACUAUAUCAGUCUCUGUCAUUGUAUUUGAACUCACUGGACAGAUUGCGCAUAUACUACCUGUUAUGGUAGGGGAUUAUUUAAUAUCGUUCAUUCAUUUUUACAUGCUGCCAUUUUGAAAUACCUGUUUACAUAUUCCAGCAUUCUUUUGUCCUCUGUUUCAAUUUGUACUUGAUCAACUUCCAGGUUGCUGUCUUGAUUGCAAAUGGUAUAGCUCAGUGGCUACAACCUUCAAUAUAUGACAGUAUCAUACAGAUUAAGAAACUGCCCUACCUUCCAGAGAUUACAAAUUCCAGGUACCAAAUGAAUGUUGAUGUAUAAUGACUGUGGGAUUAUAAAACUUUGGUGGUAAAUGAUUUGGGAUGAUGCUAGUGCGAGUGGGCUGAAAAAAUGCUUGACCACGAGGUUAAAUCCGUUCAAAAACUAUCUAUUCACAACGUUUGAAUCUGACGUUCAGUUGGUAGAGCAUUGGCUUAGUAAACCAAAGGACAUCGUUUCGAUCCGCAACGCGGUCAAACAAGUUUUCAGCUUACCCACGUGUGGAGCAAGCGAGAAUGACCAGUUGUCCUGAUAGAGAUCAGGGCCAGUUCUUCAAAGCUCUAUUGGCGCUAUUCUUGGGUUAAAAUUUACCCCGCUUUCGUAUUUCUGCACGUCGGUUUGGUUUAUAACUUUGGAAAAUAAAACUUUUAUGGAUGCAGACGCGAUUUGUGGGAAAAUAUUUUUAAGUUUGUAUAAAGUGGGAAAUUUGCUUUGCGCUAGGUUUAACGCUAACCCAGGAUUAAAAUAUAACCGGCUGUCGAGCAACCCUAACUACAUAGUUUAUUCUGUUUUCAGACUUUAUAAAGUGACCGUGGCAAACAUUAUGAAAACAGACUUGCAAUUUAUAACAAGAAAUUCAACAUAUAGAGAAUUGAAGGAAUUACUUGCAAAAUCGAAACUAACCUCGUUUCCAUUGGUUGACAGUAAAGGUAAAUAUCUGCGCGGGUUGAGCGAAUUCAACAAAAGGGAGCAAUGCUUUGAUCUUUGAUACUACCGUGAUAAACUCUCGCCAAAACUACAAUCCUGGUCAAAACCAUCUGCGACACUCUAUUAAAACAUUCCUCUGUCGAUUUAUUUUUUUACCUUUAGACUGGAAUAAUUUACUUGUUUGCCCUCCCCCCUCCCCCCAAACAAUGUUGGACGUAUUAAAAUUGCUCUAACCGUACAACAUUGAAUGGUGGGGUAAGGGGGGGAGUUCUAAAGUUGCAAUAAUAUUACGAAAUUUUGUCAAAUAAUUGGAAGAUGCCUGAGAUUACGUAGGCAAAACUUUAUUUAAAAGAUCACACGUUGGCCCCGUCAACUAUACGCUGAUUUCCACGAGGGGCGUGUGGAUUACAUGAUAUUAUAUAACAAAAUAUUACACACACUAAACUACAAAUAACUACAAAACAAUUAUGUACAAAAUGAAUAACAUUAUAUUAGGAAUUAUAAACGUCAAUUGCAUUGAUGAAUGUUGAUAAUGUAUCUGAAUCACGCAUAUCUGCAGGUAAUGAGUUCCACAGUUGAAUCUUAAUUGAUGAUCUCAUUCUGUUUAGAGUUCAUUUGAAUCUUAACUGAUGAUCUGAUUCUAUUUAGAAACCAUGACCUUACUUGGUUCCAUACGUCGUCCUCAACUUCAAAUGUUGCUCACUCGAUAUUUAAGUAACGCGAAGCAUGGUGGGAGUCAGGCUGAAAGUCAAACAAGUUCCCCUCGGUCAACAUCACCCACUCCACUACUGCCUGAGCGCAGGUAAGCUUCAAGUAGUUUUACAAUAUAUACCACGUGAGCGGCCGUAUCGUAUAAGACACACGUACAAACACAGGCUAAAAUACAUGGAACUUCGCAAAUCUGCAGGAUAUUGUUUUAGAUAUUCAAGCUCUUUUACGUGUUUUGCACGUAGAUUGUUAAUGAGAAUUGCCAAUCCUUUGUGAUGGUUGCCAAACUUGGCUUUUGUUCUGUUGUUAAGGUUGUUUGUUUUAUUUUAGAAGGAAUGAUGAUCAAGCAUUGUCAGACAGCGAAGUCGAGGUAUGUGAAGGGAGAAGGAGGGAUGAAAGGAGAGAAGGGUAAGAAGAGAUAGAUUGGAGGAGGGAUGGAAAGAAAGGGAGAGGGAGAGAAGGAGUGAAGGGGGAAGGAGGAAGGGUGGUCGGGAAAGAAAGAAGGUGUGAGGGAAGGUGGAAAGGAAGGUGUGAGGGAAGGGGAGAGGGAAGGUGGAAAGGAAGGUGUGAGGGAAGGGGAGGGGAGAGGGAAGGUGGAAAUGAAGGAGGAAGUGAGCGAAGUAAGGUGGAAAGGAAAGAAAAGAGGAACUAAAGGGGAGAAAUGAAAGAAAUGAUUUAGUCAUGGAACGUUGGUGAGUAAAGAAGCCUCUUAUUAAAUCACCGUUUCUUAGUUACAGUCACGUCAGCAUGAGUCAACAAUGCAACCAUCUACCAGCAGAAAUUCCCUGCUUGAAAGAAUUCCAGGUUUGUGCACGACUUUCACCUGGUUAAGUUUUUUUAUGUUCGCUAUGAAAUGUCAGAAAGGGUAAUAAUAAUGAUCAGAGAAAUUCAAGGCAUAAGAAAUAUAAGGUAGGAACAGAUGUAUUAUUUUCAUCCUGAUUUCUGUGUCAUUCACUAUAACAUUGUUUUAGGUUCACAACAACUUCAACGUUUGUUCUCUGGAAGUGCUUCAACUCUAGAUUCUGAGGUACCGUAUCUUUGUAUUUUUCCACCAUCUAACAAACGUCAGUUUUUUAUUCAAAUAUUGUUUUAACGCUCUGUGCGGUAUGUUUGUGUCAUUUUUCCAGGGACGCUCUGCUAGUCCAAGCUCGGAAAGAGAAACUAUUUCACCUGAACAGGUUUGCUACCUUUUUCUGUGUUCUCUUUGAAUGUACAUAGUUUCCUGUAUUUGUAUGAGAUGAUAAAAAUUGGCUCUCGCUUACCUCACAGUCUUGUAUUUCCAGUACUUGCAGUGGGAAAACGAAAUUCUAGACAAAGAAGUCGACUACGAGCUAUGUCAGAUUGAUCCAGCUCCAUUUCAACUCGUAGAAAGAACAUCAUUACUCAAGGUAAUUCUCGUGAGGUAAAUGGUCCAGUAAGGAUCAUUCUUUAUUGUCCAGUGUUUAUUGUUCAGUGUUACUACAGGAGGAAACUAGAGUACCCGCGAUAACGUGCUAUGUUAACAUUGAACUGAAAGCAUUCGUCUCGGGGAUUGAGGCCUUGUUGCAGAGGUGAAGUUGAAUUAGAUGUUUGAUAGACUUGCUUCAUGUUUGCCUUUCAAAUACAUGCCUUAAAAUUCCUCUGCCCGCAUUUUCGUGCAACUUUUAAUACUCCUGAAUAAAAUCUCUAUUGAGACUUGGAGUGAGUCUAGAUAUUUAAUAAUAUGUGAUUGCCAUUGUGUUAAGGUGCACAAGCUAUUUGCUUUACUGAACCUGUCUCAUGCUUAUGUCACAUCUCUUGGUCGUCUUGUUGGAGUUGUUGCCCUUACUGAGGUAGGCCUGAUUACGCUAUGAUAUUAAAGUCUAGCCUGCAUUGUUUAGUGAUUUGUAGAGAUCAGUGAGCUUGUUUCAGUCACUGCAUCAGUUUUAUUCUUAUUUUUACUUAAACAUUAAUAAAUCAUGUUAUAGAUUCGUCAAACUGUCGAAGGACACGAGAUACUUUCACAUGAAGAUGAUCGUGGACUUACAUAG